GAGGAAGAUGAGGAAGAGGUUUACGAGUUACGUAAUCUUCGUGAGGCUGCCAAAAUCGCGAGCAUUUAUCAUAGAACCGAUCGUAAAUUCCAAAGGAAUAGGAAACUUUCUCACAUUGUACACGCCGCUUUGAAUUUCAUGCAAUUUCUUCUACUAUUAAUUACCGAGAUAUUUAAUCGCGUUCAUCGUCGUCAUCGUGAAAUUAAAGAAAAUUUGCCGAUUAUCUUAUUCGGGGAAAGGAAUAUUAUCUUUUUUUUAUAUCCAAUUUGUAUGCUGAUCAGUUUGAUUCUUGCGGUUCUUUGGUUAAUGAAGAAAUUCUUACCGAAAAGACCUUUAAUUGCACUUAUAGGAUGUAUUUUUGGUGCAAUUUCAAUGCUAUCAGCUGGUAUCAUGGAAAUGAAACAAGUAGACUGGUAUAUUAAUCUUCAUGAGAUCAAUGAUGAUCAUUCAAUAUUUGUUCAUAAUAUUUCCAUGUGUAUAUUGUCGAUUUUUAUUAUGACUUUUUAUUUGAUACACCUUUGGAUCCUUUUCGACGUAUGGCAAUGGAUGAAAAAAUUUGGAAGAUCAUCGGACAGUAGCGAAUCUGAACAUAGUUCGUAUUUGAGUACGAAUAGCGAGAUAAUCGAAGAUUCUUCUAAAUCAUUUAAUAAAAUAGAACAACCAGGAAAAUUAGAUCCCAUUCCUGCAUUGAACAAACUUAUCACCAAAACUCCGAUCGAUUAUACGUUACUCGAUGAAGAAACCGUUAUUUUAUAUUGCUGUUGCGUUGAUUGUUAUAAUUAUAUCAAGGAUAAUCGUAAAAUGAAGCCUAAACAUGAAUUCCAAGUGAUUCACGUAUUAUAA